AUGACACAGAGCCACCCAUUCCCCACUCUCAGUUGCAGCAAGCCUCCUUGGGGCCCGAGACUGUGGGUCAGUGGGCACCCAGAGCACACUCCCCCCCAGAGCUGCCCAAUUCUCACCCAUUGUAGCCCGCUGUCCACACUGGGGUGCUACCGGAGUUUCUGGUUCUCCAGGGCUCUGGGUUCCCACCCAGGAGCAGGAAGCAGCCGUGGGGGGCUGGAGUGUCUUACUGUCAAGGGCUCUGGGGAGAGGACCCUGGGAUUAACCAGGGGCAGGCGUGGGGGGAGUGUGGAUGGGGGUCCUCCAGGCUGA